CACUCUGGUGAAUGGAUCCCCAUCCCCCACACAGGGACCGACUCUGACUCUGUGUUCCCAGCGCCGCUACACACAGAGAAACACCACACUGCAACGUUGCCAGACACAAGAGAUCCUACAGAAGAGAAUACGCUUACAUUGAGAGUUUUCUUUGUUCGACCAAGUGAAUUUGAUUUGCAUAUCCACUUCCACCCCCUUAUUUGCAUACAGCAAGAAUGGCGAGCGGGCAUCCCACAGACAAAUUCAGUUUCAUGUAUCAACCAGACACGCACAAGAGUAAGAACAGGUUAGCUGCGGGUAUGAAUCCAGUCUACAGUCCUGUACAGCCCGGCGCUCCCUAUGGAAACCCUAAGAACAUGGCGUUCGCAGGUUAUCCAGGAGGAUAUCCCGCCGCUGCCCCGACCUACACACCUAACCUCUAUCAAACAGGCAGUCCUGGGUACCCACCAGGAUACACCGCGGCAGGCACCCCCUACAAAGUGCCUCCCAACCAGUCGAACGGGGCUCCCCCGCCCUACACCCCCUCCCCGUCCCCCUACCAGACGGCCAUGUACCCCAUCCGCAGUGCCUACCCCCAGCAGAACCUCUACACUCAGGGGGCGUACUACACCCAGCCGGUCUACGCUGCCCAGCCCCAUGUGAUCCACCACACCACGGUGGUGCAGCCCAACAGCAUCCCCUCCGCUCUCUACCCCGCCCCUGUCCCUGCCCAGCGGCAACACAACGGCAUGGCGGCCAUGGGCAUGGUCGCCGGGACAACCAUGGCUAUGAGCGCAGGCACCCUGCUGACCACACCACAGCACCCUCCCCUUGGAGCGCACCCGGUCUCCGUGCCAACCUACCGACCCCAGGGGACACCUGGCUACAGCUACGUGCCCCCCCACUGGUAGAGCCCGCCCAUCAUAUCUGGAGUCCACCAUCGUAUGCAACUGCUCACAUCUGUCAUGGGCUCUCAACAGGUACCAUGGAAACUCGGCACCUGUCUGCAAGAACAAAACUAAAGUGCAACAGCCACUUUACACUUAAUGUUAUUAUUAUGCGACAUUCUGUAAUGUUUUUACAAAAGCUGCUUUUAUUUUGUUAUUUCCUCUGUCUAUUUGCCAACCAGUCAUUAUUUUUUUAUUUUAAUUUUCUUUCCUAGUAUUUCAUUUUUUAUUUUAAUUUUUUUUUCUCACACUUGUCGCGAUUGGAACCCCAGAAGGACUCUCGACCAAUCAUGGGUGUUCGUCGCCGCCGUUUGUCUUGUGCUACUGUGUGGCUCCGCCCCCUUUGCUCAGUUGACUGGACUUUCAUUGGGCACAUCAUUCGUGGUCGUUAUCCAAUUACCAGUCACUACCACAAGCCGCAAUUAUGCUCUCCAUCAACUUAUGCUGCCAAAUUUUCUAACUAGAUAUCAGCACAGGGUUUUAACAAAAUUAGGAUUUAUUUUCAGUUUGUUUUUCUGCUGUUUAUAUUCCUCGUCCUUGACUAUGCCCAAUGGCCUUGGCUUAGUUGUAUCCCCCUGCCCAUCCCCCUCCCCCACCUUCUCCUCAACCCAUUACAAUGUUUGACUUGGUCUGUCAAGUCUCAGUCGUGCCCCACUCGUCUGCUACUAGGGCUGUCCCACAGCUUCUCUCUCUCUGUCUGUCUGUCUGUCCACCCUACGUUCAUAUCGACCGGUCCUCCUCCACACGCGUGUGUAAGACCGCUUGGCUACUGCUACCCAUCCAACCGCCCGCCCACCCUGUAUGUACCCAUUUGUUCACUAGAGCUUGCUCUACAGUGCGUACUAAACACAUCCACACUGCAGGCUAGGAUGUGGUUCCGCUGCACCCUAACACCCUUGGGCAACACGCCGGAGCUAGUCUGGUCACGGCAUCUCGUCACAUGGCCAAUGUGCGCCCGUUUUAAUUCUAAAAUGUGAAAACUGCAACAAUCGUGUCGACAACGCAUAUUCACAUGGACACAUACACGUGUGCACGCAUGCACACACACCAACACACACACAGACACACAACGCACAAACACCAACACACACUCGCACAGGGGCUCCUGAGGCGUUUUCCCAAACACACUAGCACUUGUUUUAUAACACACACACACACACAGAACAACCACACCACACACACGGAGGUUUGGAAUUGACUGCUACUGCGUGGUCAGCACCGUGAGAGGGAGGGGGUAAGGAGCCGCAUUGGAGCUAGAGGUGUGGGGGCACCGUAGGGGAAGGGUCCCGGUGCUACGCAUCGCUAGGGGAACAACCACGGACUGGAUGCAGGGUUUGAGGACUGCCGCGGCGCACGCCGGCCUCUGGCCAAACCCCCUUGCGGGGUGGUGGGUGGCGUUUGUUUUGGGGGGGGGGGGGUUGGGUCUUGGACAUAGUGUGGUUUUUUUCUCUCGAGAUCAUUAAAGAAAAGAUCAAAAAAAAAAAAAAGACAUCUUAAAAGGCUAGAUAAUGUUCAGGGGGUGCAGGUUGGUCUAACUGAAGCAUUUACAGUGUGAGUAUGUAGAUGACGUGGUUUGAUAUUGCAAUAAUAAAGUAAUAAUAAUUAGACGGAGCGCCUCCAUCUGUUUCCGCACAGUCAUUAUUUUAUGAGCGUUUUUGAAUUGAUUUAUAAAAUGGCUUGUUCUAGAAAUUCUCAAAAUGACAGAUGGCCCGACUGUGUGUGCAGCCUAUGUUCAAUAAAUAUGGCAUACUGCCCAUGAGAUGAGGACACAUCAGGCAUUUCAAUAUCAAAUAAUGUUGGGAGGAAAGAUUGAACAAAACAUUGCAACAAAAAUAAUCUGUCUUUAAUUUUUAAAAUGCUAAUUACAGGUACCUCGGCUUUUAGUAGGGUGAAAGAGGCAAUUUAUAUCAUAAUUAAAUUGAGAAAAAAAUAUGCAUAAUGUUGAGUAUUUGGUGAGGUAUUCUUAGUCUUUGACACUUAUAGGAUUAUACUCAGCAAAGCGUAUUUCAUGGCACUGCUGUUUGAUGUAAACUCAUCAUAAUGUAUGAGGAGGAACUACAGGAAAAUCACUAUAGAGUAAGAUCGACUGCCACUAGGUGUUUGGACUGCGAUUGGUUAAAAUGUACACGCCGCAUAAAACUGAACACAGAACUAUUGUUAAACUAAAUCUUAAAACAUUUAAAAGGAUUGAUAGACAAAUACUAUGAAUUUUCCUCAGAUAGCAGUGUCAUGUUACUUUUUCAUAAAGAAUUAUUUAAUCAACCGCAACUUCUGUCAGUAUUUUUAAGUCCUAAGUUUUGGUUUUUGCUGAUUUCCUUUCCCUCAGUGGUCAAUUGAGCAUAAUGGGUAUGCAUACUAUUCAGGUGUAGUUCACUAUAGCAUUGGAUCUCUUACGGAAAAAAAAAUGCAGUAUAUUUAUACAGCGAGUGGUACAGUAAUGUGUUUCUAGCUAAGCAUGGUUGCGUCACUGUGGCAGCUACUGUAACUGCUUAUUUUAUUUUUCUAUUUUGGUUUUAUUUACCUCUGUCACUGGCCGCUCCACACCUGUUGUGGGGGAGGGGGUUGAAGCUAGGUCUCUACAUUUCAAAGGUGUCACUUACAGAAGUAAAUCACUUCAUGUGCUGGCAUGGGUCUGCGUUUUUUUAAGAAGGAGCAGCGUAUCUGCUUGGGCCAACAGCCCAAAGUGGGCUUCUCUGGUCGUCCCUGUCGUCGAGUCCCCGGGACUAUUCUUUGAUUACUUCAGCCUGACUACGCUGAGCCUGAAGCGGCGGAGGAGGCAGAGCGUGAAUCACAGAAGAUAAAAUGGAUAGAACCCGGCCUUACUUCUUACUUUAACACACGUGCGGCCGAUCUGACGGUUUCACCAAGAAUAGGAACAAGUGGCGUCUAUCCAUUUUUGAUUUUAUUCUGUCUUUAAGCAAAUUAAACCUCAAACUUCUGCCCCCUUCCCUGUGCGUCCUUCACUCUGUGCCAUACUUCAACCAAAAUGUUGAAUAGCAAUCGAUAUUCCUCGUUCCGUCUGUCUUUCUGUGAUGUGAUGACUUGUCGCUGUCCUGGCUCCUUCUGUGUUUUUACUGGAUUUGACCUUCUCGCCUGCCCCUUGUUGUACUGAUUAUCCCUUGUUGUUAAUGGAUACCUCAGAUCCUAUCCCAUGUUGCAUUCCAUUCUACCUACAUCAUGAUGGUUCACGGGACACAUGGCAUUGUCCUGUGCCACUCCCUUUUAUUUUUCGUACCCUCUCAUUUUCACCCUCAACGUUUGCCCCUAUUUCUUAAAGGCCAGUCCUAACCGCCAACAUUGGAUAUGUGAAAACAAGCCAAUUGAUAAUUUUGAUAGAAAUAACGAUGCAGUUUCAAGCUCUAGAUGGCACCACUAUAUGUUUGUUAAUCCUUUAAGCCUCUGUGUUUCGUGGUAAAAUUGUCCUCAAUAAAUGUCUAAUAAAUGGUAGCUGCCAACAUAGCCAUUUUUGGGGAAACAUGUUUUCUCUAUUGUUUUAAAAUGGGUAUAGCCGUUUUAAUACAGUUGCAAUCGGAUAUCCAACAAGGAGAGGAAUACAUGUCAGUUCUUGGAGCUCCUACAGUUUUUCUUUUGGUUUGUAACUAGACAAGAUAAUCAACUAGAACGCCGACAGGACUUAAAAGGAUUUCGUUCUAAGAUGGGUGGUUUUGACCACCUAUCUCAAAUGUCACCUUUGCACUGUGGUCUCCUUCUCUUUUAUGUCUUUCCAUUUGUACUUAUGGAGGGUGGACAAUUCAACACUUUCAUAUGUUUCUGGUGUGGGAAAGCAUGCAAAGUUGUCGUUAUCAUUAGCAAGUUAUAAUGAUUUUUUCUUUUAUCAACUCUCCAUGCAUCAUUCCAUCGUCUGUGACAUUUCCAAACAUUCGGAGGUUUUUAACCUUAAUGGCAUUCCCCCCUCUCCGUUGUGUGUAUUGAAAUGAUUUGAGCCUUGUUUCUUCACUUGUGGCAGUGAGGUCACACCUCCAUGGAUUCACAACAUUGAACCUCCCCCUCCCCCCCUCUAUUCCUGUUCCUACCUGCUUCUGUUUUGCCUUGCUGUUUUUCAAUCAGCUUAUUUUUAAUGAAUAGGAAUCUUAACACUACCAUCAAAAGUGAUUAGUAGGCUCCUUAAUGUCGUUGGUAUUCUGCUGCAGCUGUCUUUUGGUUUGGGAUUUAUUUUGUUUCAAUAUUUGUUUUCGAGUUCUCUGCUCUUUAGUCUAAUUUGACACUAAAUGUGAUGCAAAAAGCGGAAAUUCCUUGUCUUCCAAAACAAAAAAAGAGUACUUGUAUCCACUCUGGAUCGAGUAUUAGGAACAAACCCUCCCACCUCACCCCCCCUGUCCCAAUCCUCCCGUUUGGAAGUGUGUUUAGUUUGGUAGCCAGUUUGCACAUGCUAUGGUAUUUCUGUUACCGUAUGGUUGUGUUACAAACUGAAGGCCAGCGUCUCUUAAGCAUUGAGAGAAGUGAUUUGUAUGUUAGCUAUUUUGGUCCAGAGGGAAGGACCCCGCGUCAGGCUUGUGAUAUGAAGUGUAAAUCUGUCUUAAUUUUUUAUUUUAAUUUUAUUUUUUAUGUUUUUUCGUUGUUGAGGUUUUCUUUAAGAUCAGUUAGUGAUCUUAAUACUAUAACUAAGCCAAGUUUGUAAUUGUAUAAUAUUUACUGUAAAAUGUAGAACAUUGAAUAACUAUUAAAAUUUUCCCAUAAAAGGAAA